UGAGAACUUGAAUCCUAGCGCACCACACCCGGAAGGAUGGAGUCACUUUACGCAUCGUGCGCUGCCGAACCGCAGCUUUCGACGAGUGGUGAUGUGAAACUGCCUGCGCAGAUAGAGGAACCAAGCCUGGCAACAAGAGAAGGCGCUGAUGGCUUGAAGGACAAAACAGGGAGAGGUGCUGAGCAACAAGCCAAUCUUGAAAGCCCACAGAAGGGAGGGAAGGCAACAGAUGAUCUGUGGCUACAGGUGAAGACAGAGAUCAAGGAGGAGAUAGAAGACGAUAUGAGGUCUUCAAGUUUUGAUUGUGAACUCCCUCUUCAGGAUGUCCGGGUGAAAGAUGAGAAUGCGGAGGAGCAACAUCAAAAUCCUAAAAACAGCGGAUACGAAGUUGCAACUGAGGAGAUGGUACCAGAGCAGAGCAUGAUACCUGCAAGGAGUCAAGCGACAGCUGAGCCAGAAUCCAAGCCGGCCAAACGGCGCCGUUUGACCCGCCGGGAUGUGCAAAAGACAAUGCAUACAGAGGGACUGAACUCAGCAAAGAAAGAGCUUCCUGAUGCUGUGAAGGUCAAAACGGAGAGAUGUGCUGAGCAACAAGUCAAACUUGAAAGUCCACAGAAGAGGAUGGAGAUGGAUGAUUUUCAGCUGCGGGUGAAGACAGAGAUCAAGGAGGAGAUAGAAGACGAGAUGAGGUCUUCAAGUUUUGAUUGUGAACUCCCUCUUCAGGAUGUCCGGGUGAAAGAUGAGAAUGCGGAGGAGCAGCAUCAAAAUCUUACAAGCUGCGGCUAUGAAGUUGCAACUGAGAUGGUACCAGAGCAGAGCGUGACAGCUGCAAAGAGUCAAGUGGCAGCUGAGACAGAACCCAAACCGGCCAAGCGGCGCCGUUUGACCCGUCGCGAUUUGCAACAGACUCUGCAGACAGAUGGACUGAGCUCAGCAAAGAAAGAGAUUCCUGAUGGUGUGAAGGUCAAAACAGAGAAAUGUGCUGAGCAACAAGCCAAUCUUGACAGCCCACAGAAGAGGAGGAUGGAGAUGGAUGAUUUGUGGCUCCGAGUCCGGGAAGAAAUCCGCAAGCAGUCUGGUGUGAUUCUUGCAGCUUCAAGCCCAGCUGCAGGAAAUGCCAUGCGACCAUCGGAGCAAGAUUCUGGCUCCAGCGAAGCGCAGGCAUCUUGCCAGAGGCAUCAGGAACCAAGCGAACACAGCACGCAAGACACAGCCCAGGUCGUAGGUCAGGAGGACUUUGCUGCCGAGGAGAGCUCUUUGGAUGCAUUCGCUUUGCAAGCAGCGGCCUGGGCAAAGCAGUGCUUGGCUUUUCGGAGUUCCAAGACUUGGAGCCCCACCAGGCCCUGCUGCCCUGCGAACCUCUUCUUGGGCUCGGCAAUUGGAACACCAUCUCCUCCACCACCAGAUGCGCCAGCAUGCGUGCUGCGGCUCUCUGGGCAUGGCUUACAGUGCCUGCAGCGAUUUUACGAUAAGCACAGCCUGUGCAAAACUCCGUUAGAGAGUGAGGUAGAGGCAUCUGGGCCAUGUUUGCAGACGAUGCCACCAAAGCCACCAUCGGAUUGCGACCUGCAAAUGCAGGACUACAAGGUCCGCGGCCUGGAUUGCAUGAAGAUGUGGCCGUGGAUGAGGGAUUUGCCAACUUCCGUUUGGGCGGGUCAUGGUUGGGCUUUCGAUGAGAGCGGUCUCCGACGGCUCUCGUCCUCAGGCGGCAGCAAUGCCAUGCAGGGCGUGGAAGUCUUCGAGUCUGUGGGUCUUGCAGCAGAGGAGGUGAAACCUUCAGACGAAAAGAUCGAAGAAGAAGCCCCAAUCGCAGUGGCCGCUGCAGAGAAUCCACUACCAACUUGUGGGGAGCAGCAACCGUACGUGUUCACAAGAAACAAUGUGGCGAAGCAAAGCGGCGUGCCAAAUGUCACGUGGCAUAACACCAUGCAAUCCUGGUGCGUUCAAUUUUUCGAACGAGAUGCCAAAGGCCAAAAGACUCGCAGAACAACUCGGAACUUUGCCGUGAAAAACUUCAUGGGCCCAGGCAUCUCUGAGGCCCAGGCCGACGCAGCAGCUCUCGAGGCCGCCAAGGCCUUCCGUGCAGAGCUGGUGGAGAAGGGCAUCCUCACCGAGCCCAAGCAGAAGGACCCCAACUUCACCAGCGAAGUGCCGGGGGUGAAGUGGAACAAGAACUGCAAAAAGUGGGAGGUGCUGAUGCAUCCCAGCGGCGGCAAGGGGAUUUAUGGCGGCGUCUUCACCGAGAAGGCUGCGGCCGAAGCCAAGGCCCUGUUGCUCAUGGAGAAGGCCGGCCUGCAGCGCCAGGUGAAGCCCGUGGCCACCCUGUCGGAGCUGCCGGUGUUCCACCCCAAGGUGCCAUAUAGAGGGGUCAGUUGGGAGCAGAGGUCCCAGCAAUGGUAUUCAGCAUGCCUCGUGGCGGGAGCCAAGCGAAAUUUCUACAUCAGGCCCAAGGACCACUCGGAGGCCGAGCUGGAGCGUUCCUUCCAAGUUGCCGUGGCGUGGAAGAAGAAGCAGGAGAAGGAGAAGGAGAAGGCUGUGAAGUCCAGGGUGAAGUCCAGGGUGAAGUCCAAGGCAAAGCCUGGAAAGAAGCAGCGAAAGUGAGUGCAAAAGACACGGAUCCUUAAAUGAUCUUAAGUGCAUGGCUUAAAUUUCAAUCACUAUUUCUGCACAGACCAUUCGAAUGCGACAGAAGAAAA